GCCGGCCUGGGGAGGCAGGUGCGUGCAGGGAGCGCAGGCCCAUGUGGCCCUUCCUGAGCCGGGCUCUCUUCCCGCCCCCCACGGAGACCUGGCUCCAGACGGUCUCCUCGGACCCCGAGGCUCAGGGCUGGGGGGCCUGGGAGGGCACCAAGAAGACCCCUCUGGGGCCAGGAGAUGGGGGUGGGAAGAAGGAAGAGGACGCAGAGGAAGACCAGGGUGAAGAUGAAGGCUUCCUGCUGCCCCUGCUGGAGUGGGAGCACCUGGCCGAGUGUCCAGUGCCCGAUGAGGAGCUGGAGGCCAUCCGGCUGAAGCUCUGCACCAUGGAGCAGGCCGCCUGGCCACCGCCGCCGCCCGGAGCACAGGCCAGGGCCCCGGAAGAGGAGCCCACAGGGGCCGCGCAGCUGCUGAGCCCCGAGACGCCAGGUAGGAGCUGGGGGGCCAGGCCCACCCCUCCCCGGACGCAGCCCUCUCCCCGCGCAUGGAGGAGCUGGGAGGAGCCUGCAUUGCCGCCAGGCUGGGGCAGGGCGGGCUCUGAGCCCCCCAAGAGGCGGAAGGACUGGGCUGCAGACGAGGCACCUGCCCGUCCUGAGGCCGCCCCCCACCCACCCGCAGGUCACCCCUUCCUUGGGAACCCCGAGGAGAAGGUGGAGGCCGACCACAGAUCCGUCUACGUGGGCAACGUGGACUAUGGAGGCUCGGCGGCGGAGCUGGAGGCCCACUUCAACCGCUGUGGGGAGAUCCACCGAGUCACCAUCCUGUGCGACAAGUUCUCCGGACACCCCAAGGGCUACGCCUACAUAGAAUUCGCCACCGAGCGCUCUGCCCGGGCGGCCGUGGAGCUGGACGACAGCGUCUUCCGAGGCCGGGUAAUCAAGGUGCUGCCCAAAAGGACCAACGUCCCGGGGAUCAGCUCCACCGACCGUGGGGGCCUGCGGGGGCACCCAGGCUCCAGGGGGGCGCCCUUCCUCCACAGCGGGCUCCAGGGCAGGCCCCGGUUCAGACCCCGCGGCCCGAACCGGGGCCGAGGGAAGUUCUCACCGUGGUUCUCACCGUACUGAAGAGAGAACUGGAGCCCGCCGGGUGUGUGCGUCUGUG